GUAUCCUAUAAGGAGGGUUAUAGUAACCUACUCAAUUGUCUCAAGUUAAACCAAUGUUUAAGAUUUAAAUUACUUGUGUCAAGCAUAUACUUAAUUGGUAACGAUUGAUGCUUGAUUUGGUAUGGCAAGAAAUUUGGCAUGUCACUUUAGGAAGUGGGCUUGUACUUACAAACACAGAAAUGAAAUUUCUGUUAUCAGCCAUGAAAAAGGAUACUGUACUGCAAAAGAUCAGAAUGAGGACCAAGAUACAAUUAAAGCUUCUUCACAAGAAAGUGAUAAAGAGAAGAGAAGUAUUGGGAUAAAGCAGCAAAUACUACAGGCUUCAUUGCCUUUGGUUGAAGUUCAUGGUUGGACAAAAGCCGCCUUAAGUGCAGGUGCGGAACAGCUAGGCUAUCCUGGUGUGGCACAUGGACUGUUUCCUAAAGAAGGAGUUGAGAUUGUCGAAUAUUUUUAUCAUAAAUCAAAUGCAGCUCUAGUCAGUUCCCUUUCACAGCUUGCUAAGGAAUAUGAAUGUGAAAUCAAACCGAAUAAGCCUUCCAAAAACAUAAUUUUAAGAGGUGUUGAAACACGCUUAAGAAUGAUACUCCCCUUUAAAGAAAAAUGGCCUGAAGCUCUUGCACUGAUGACUUUACCUCCAAAUAUACCUAUAGCUCUUGCUAAUUUACUAACCAUUGUUGAUGACAUUUGUUAUUUUGCUGGAGACAGGUCAAUUGACAUGAGCUGGUAUGGCAGGAGGUUGGCUUUAGCUGGCAUAUACAAAACAACAGAGUUAUACAUGCUGUCUGACAGUUCCAUGGAUCAUCAGAAAUCCUGGGAAUUUCUUAGAAGAAGAGUUGAUGAUGCUAUACAAUUAGAAGGUAUUGUCAGAACUUCUGAAAAUGCUGGCAUUUUUGCUAAGGAUUUCGCAACUGCUACCUUUACCACAGCUAGAAAUAUCUUAGGACUUAAUUGGAACAGAUAACGCUAUACAUGAAGAUAGUAUUAAUUCACUUUUAAAGUGUUAAUAGAAUUUAUGAAGCUUGUUUGUUUUUUAAAUAUCAUUUUAUGUAUUUCUAAAGAAAUACAUAGUUAGUUUACACAUAAAGAUGCCUUGUUUAAUUAAUUGUUAGAGUAAUAAUUAAAUUGAAAUGUUUUUUUAAUGCCUUUGUGAUCAAGUUCUUUAAACACCCAAAUAAAAUUAAAACUUAAAUCCUGAUAUAUAUAAGAAAGUGAAAUAUCUAUUCCAACAUCU